AUGGAGAACGUCGCUGUCCGUCCUGGCCGAUUACGAGCUCUUUCUCAAAUCCUUCCCCGUGGGCUCGUAUCUCUACAACAUAGACGGCGGUACCGGCUCUUCGGCAGUGCUGCGGGCUCUUCAAGUACCUCCGUCGACACCCAUCUGCCAUCCCCAUCGCUGUCGCCGCCAGCCCUCGUCGAUAGCGUGUCGUGUUCUGUCAUUCCUCCAUCCGACCCCUCUGAUGCGAUCGCCAAGGAUACUCUCCUCUUCGGUUUACAGGUCCUCGCCGAAUCUGCCGAUGCCUUCCCACCAUUGAAGAGUCUAGUUGGCGGUCUGUUGUCCAUCGCCGGCCAAGUCGAGCUCCUCGGCAGUAACAAGUCACAGAUCAACGAGAUAUAUGCUGAGCUCGACGCAUUCACUACAACGCUCGCGCGGGGUAUCCCGGACACAAAUACUCCUUCCGCAGCGCUGAAGUCAGCGUGCCAAUCACUGGCCCAGGAAGUUGAAGCGAUAUGCACCAGCAUGAAUUCCAUCGCGCGCCAACGGCUCUAUCGGAGUUUUCUUAGGGCCAAAGGGCAUUCGCGCGAGCUCCAGAGUCUCGCGAGACGGUUGAAUCUAGCCCACAAUGCUUUCAGGACAACAUUGCUUAUCAGUAUGGAGUUGAAGACGACGUUGAUUUUAGCGAGCGUUCCUCAAGCUCCUCCACGGUCACCCGGUCAAGCUAGGAUCAUGAGCUCUCUUCUGGAGAAUGAGAAUACUACCGGUUCCCUUAGGGGGACCGGCAAGAUCACCGACGAGACCAUCCUGUGGUCUCGAUCUUACAGGAUGAAACACGCGUGA